CUGGUUGUCAUUUUGAAUGUUCGGCGCCGUUUAGCUGCAGCGGUUUUGUUGUUACAGAGGAGAGAAGUUCAGAAUGACCUCCACUAUCGCAUCCAGCGUCGAAGACUCAUUUAAAACCCCGAAAACUGUAAGACCGAGGAGCCGAAACAGCGGCGGUACCCCCAUCACCAUCCCUGCCUCACCUUUCAUGAAGAAGCUGGGAUGUGGGACUGGAGUCAAUGUUUACCUCCUGAACAGGAUGGAAAAGCUGAAUGCGUCACCUUGGGCUGUUAAGAAGAUCAACAGUAAAUGUGCAGCCAAACAGGUGGCUGUUUACCAGCAGCGCCUCAAUGAGGAGGCGGAAGUCCUGAAGGGAAUCAAUCACCCAAACAUUGUUGGUUUCCGUGCCUUUGCCACGGCUAAAGACGGCUCCAAAUGUCUGGCCAUGGAGUACGGAGGAGAGCAAUCCCUCAAUGAUGUGAUAGAGAAGAGGAAGAAGGACAGUCUGAAGGCUUUCCCUGCCGCCAACAUAGAGAAAGUGGCGCUGCAUGUGGCCCGCAGCCUGCAGUAUCUGCACAAUGAGAAGAAGCUAAUGCACGGCGACAUGAAGUCAUGCAAUGUGGUCAUCAAAGGCAACUUUGAGAUGGUGAAAAUCUGUGACAUCGGUGUUUCUCUGCAGCUGGAUGAGAACAUGAGAGUGCCGAAUCGGAAGCUAACUUCAGCGUCGUGGGUUGGGGCAGUUCUGCAGUCACGCUGCUGCCAUAUUAUGGAAGGUAUGUUGAUUUGAAUAAAACUUAAUUUGAUUCAUGUAUAUACGAUGUGGCUGUGCAAACAGAGGUUGUUAUUGUCAUUUCUGAAACAGCUCCUGCAGUUUACUGUGUUAUUAGCCCUGUCACAAGCUAAUGCUAAUUCCCUGGAGCAACAAAAAACUGAUUCUGACCAAACCGCAGUCAUAACAACGUCUCAAAAUAGCAGAGAGUAUCUUUUUACCUCACUGAUGGCAUGGCUAGGUCUUUAGUGGAAACUGAACUUUGGUAGAAUCGCUGCAGCUGCGCUGACAGUGACCGAUGCAAGCUGUUUGUUUACAUAGCCAUGAGCUGGACCGCAGCAUUCAGAUCUAACCUUUCCGUGCUCUAAACAAUUCUGAGAGAGAGAAAGCUUCAUCUUUCCCCAGUUGUUGUGGCACCCGCGGACAGCGUAAUUGAUGCCAAACAUGUUAAAAUCGCUUAAAAGAACAGUUAAAAGUAGCUACAGUAGCGAGAGGACUCGAUGUUAUAGUGCAAAGACGGUCAAUCGGAAGUCGCUCUCAAAAAUGGCGCUGCCCUGCCUCACUUCCUGAAUAAGGUGAAUACACAACCUGGUCUCACGGGGAUUCGUGAAACUGUCACGUAAGUUUUAGUUUCGGUUUCGUGCGCACCAACACGAAUACAGGCACUCUCGGCCCCACGGCUCGUCAGCGCCAAUAGGCAGUAGCGGUCGAUGCGGCGUCUACUCUUUAUUAUGUCUAUGGAGGAGAGUCUCCUCAAGGACUGAUCACAGCAGCAGAACCCUGAACCACAAGUUAGGGAUGAGACAGAUGAAGAUGAGUCGGUUGUUAGUUUUGAUAAUUUGCUCUCCCUCAGUCACAGGAUGUACAUACAUACAUGCUGAUGUUGUAAAGAGUAGUGUUGGAGAUUUGCCCUUUAACUGAUGUUCUGUGAAAUCUAAGUUGCGAUGGAACUGUUUCCUUGCAGAGGAAAAAAAGACGAUAGCGUUAUUAGAAACUGCAACACUUCUUAUUUUAUUUUUAUUUUUUUCUUUAAAAUGAAAUAUUUAUAUUUUUUCUUUUAAUUAAUUUUAAGAUUUGAAUAUCUGAACACUUAUUUGAACAGAACAGAUUCUGAUAUUGCUGACAAGUAUGUGUUGUAAAGAAUAAUGUUGGAGAUGUGCACUUAUUUUGAAAUAAAUCCACAUUGUGAAGCAA